UAUUGUUAAAAAUUUUUUUCGACUCGUUCAUUUGGAGAUCUGCAAUGGCCGCUGGGCAAUAAAUUCCGUAGCGUGGCCGCAAACGAGACCGAGCCUUGAUCUUGAAUCCUGACGACACCGCGAUGGCUGCUGCAAUCUCUCAGCUUUCGUGCUUCCCCGCCAUUGAUCGCAGCCUGCAGUUGCGAAAACGUUCACUUCAAUGUUCACCACUUUGCUCAAAGUUAUCAGUUGCUAUGAGUCUCGAGGGGCAUGGCACAGAUGCUACUGGUUCUGAUGCCAAAAAUUCACUUAGAUAUACAUCUGAUAUUCCGAAAUUGCAUGUCGAAGAGAAGCAAGAGUCAUACUCAACUUUAGAAAAGCAGGAUGCUGGGAAAAAAGGGUUUGGAGAGGCAAAGCAGGAUCAAGAUGCCGAUCUGCAGAAAAAGACUGCAAAGAUUCAUGAUUUUUGUUUAGGCAUCCCCUUUGGUGGGUUUGUGCUUAGUGGGGGAAUUAUUGGGUUUCUUUUGUCACGGAGUACUGCAACACUGAGCAACGGUGUUCUCUUUGGAGGGGCUUUACUGUUCCUCAGUACCUUUAGCUUAAAGGUCUGGAGGCAAGGAAAAUCUAGUUUACCAUUUAUUCUAGGACAAGCAGCGUUGUCAGGGGUUCUUAUCUGGAAAAAUUUUCAGGCCUACUCAUUGGCAAAGAAAUUAUUUCCAACUGGCUUCAUCGCUAUUAUAAGUUCUGCGAUGCUGUGCUUCUAUUUGUAUGUGCUUCUCUCUGGAGGAAACCCGCCACCUAAGAAGUUGAAGUCGACUGCCAGCAUGGCGUCAUGAUAAGAAAAUCAAUGUUAUAGAAGGCCUUUAAUUACUGGUAGAUAUGAUUUCUUGUUCUGCGGAGUCAAAAGUUAAGCUAAUGGGAUUCAAGUCACUUCCAAGGCUGGGUUAUUGAAGAGGUAAUUAUAUGAUAUUGCUUUGAAAUCCAAGCCAUGAAGUGUUCUUUGUACUGCGUACUGCGAGUUAUGGUGAACUGGCUUAUUUGUAAUUGUAGCUAUUUAGUAUCGAUAUUAACUUGUUAAGUUAGAUUUUGGAACGAACAUCUAGACAAUAAAUAAAAUUCUUGAUACAUGGGUUGCGUUUAAAGGCCUUUCUGGAA